AUAAAGAAACUAGUUUCUAGUUCGUAGAGGGAAGCAAGGGGAAAAACGCAGGGUCGAAGAGCAGAGAACUCUAGGGUUUACCACCAAAACCCUAACUUCGAUCUCUUUCUCUCUCUACAAGGAUAAGAGCUGAUUUAUAUUAGAUUCUUUACUGUAUUAAGAAGUCAAGAUGCAAGGUUUCCCAAGUGAAAAUGCUUUGUCUGUUGUUGGUCCUAGGCCAGGAAUGGAAUUGUCUGCUGUUCCAUAUACUGGGCCUCGAGCACUGGGUGCAAAUGGAAAACAGCGGACAUCGAGUUUAGAAUCACCAAUCAUGUUGUUGGCAGGCCAUCAAAGUGCUAUAUACACAAUGAAAUUCAAUCCGACGGGUACAGUCAUUGCAUCUGGGUCUCAUGAAAGAGAAAUUUUCCUAUGGUAUGUUCAUGGUGAUUGCAAAAAUUUCAUGGUUUUGAAAGGGCACAAGAAUGCAAUUUUGGAUCUUCAGUGGACUACUGAUGGAACCCAGAUAAUAUCAGCCAGCCCUGACAAGACUCUCAGGGCAUGGGAUGUAGAAACAGGGAAACAAAUAAAAAAGAUGGCUGAACACUCCUCUUUUGUGAAUUCAUGUUGUCCUUCCCGUAGGGGUCCUCCUCUUGUUGUCAGUGGAUCUGAUGAUGGCACUGCCAAACUUUGGGAUAUGCGUCAAAGGGGUGCCAUCCAGACAUUUCCUGACAAAUACCAAAUCACAGCUGUCAGUUUCUCUGAUGCAUCUGAUAAGAUCUUCACAGGUGGGAUAGACAAUGAUGUUAAAGUAUGGGAUCUGAGAAGAAAUGAGGUUACCAUGACUCUUCAAGGCCAUCAGGAUAUGAUAACAGGUAUGCAGUUGAGUCCGGAUGGCUCCUAUCUUCUUACAAAUGGCAUGGACUGCAAACUUUGCAUAUGGGAUAUGCGCCCAUAUGCUCCACAAAAUCGUUGUGUGAAGAUAUUGGAAGGGCACCAACACAACUUUGAAAAGAACUUGUUGAAAUGUAGUUGGUCUCCAGAUGGAAGCAAAGUCACAGCUGGUAGUUCUGAUCGGAUGGUGUAUAUUUGGGAUACAACUUCUCGACGCAUCUUGUAUAAGCUUCCUGGUCACACUGGAUCUGUCAACGAAUGUGUCUUCCAUCCCAGCGAACCUAUUGUUGGAUCUUGCAGUAGCGAUAAACAGAUUUAUCUUGGGGAGAUCUAAACUAUUUCUGCACUUUGUUAACUUGCCUGUUGAGAAAAAUGCUGAGUUUAACAGUAAAGCCAGUAGUUGUGGUCUAUUUGUAAGGGCCCAGAAGGCAUUGAAAAAUUGUAUCUUUCCUGUAGUUUUUAAGAUGGAUUGUGAUGUCUUUAGUGUCUGUAACACAUUUUGAAACAUUCUUCAUCUUCAAAAUUUGGUUGUGUUUAUAGAAUUAUCCAUUUUCAGAUA